CCCAGGCAGGGGGCGGAACCUCGCAGACGACCCGGCUGAAGCUAUGCGGCAGCCGGCGGUACAGCUGGUGCGGCUAAGCCGGAUACCCUACACCGAGCUGCUGGCCCUGCAGGAGCGCUGGCUGCGGCGGCUGCAGGCCGAGCCAGGCACUGAGGCCCCGUCGGGGACUGAGGCGGGCGCACUCCUGAUCUGCGAGCCCGCGGGGCCCGUGUACACCUCUGGGCUGCGCGGCGGCCUGACGCCGGAGGAGACGGCGCGGCUGCGGGCCUUGGGCGCCGAAGUGCGCACCACAGGCCGCGGUGGCCUGGCCACCUUCCACGGCCCCGGCCAGAUGCUCUGCCACCCGGUGCUAGACCUGAGACGCCUGGGCCUGCGCCUGCGCACCCACGUAGCGGCGCUGGAGGCGUGCGCGGUGCGCCUGUGCGAGCUCCAGGGCUUGCCCGGCGCCAGCGCGCGGCCUCCACCUUACACCGGCGUCUGGCUUGGGGAGCGCAAGGUCUGCGCGAUAGGAGUCCGCUGUGGAAGGCACAUCACGUCCCACGGCCUGGCUCUGAACUGUUCUACAGACCUAGUGUGGUUUGAUCACAUUGUCCCCUGUGGGCUGGUUGGGACAGGUGUCACCUCUCUGAGUGAGGAGCUCCAAAGACACGUCACUGUGGAUGAAGUAAUACCACCUUUCCUUGAGGCCUUUAAAGAGACCUACAAGUGCAUGUUGAUCUCAGAGGACAGCUCCAACUGAAGAGUGUUCAUGUUAUCACAGCUGGGAGGUCCUGCUUGAAAAGCACCAAGACUGUCUUGGGAGUCACUGAAACCCAGAUUCUAGACUUGGCCCUGUCAUUCACUCACCAUGAGACUAUGAGCAAAGUGUAAGCUCUUAGCCAUUGUUUCCAUAUGUUUGCUGGUUUAUUUAUAUCUUCUUACCUAUCUCAGAUAUGGUAGAUGUGAAAACAUGACGAAAAGUAACACAUGCUAAAUAAAUGUAAGACAUUAGCACUACGAUUGACACCCCAUUUUCUCAGCUUAGAGAAACUCAGAUAUAGAGAAUCAGUUCUCAAAUAUUUGUUACUUCCUAAAUACUGUAUUUAAUUGGGCGAUUCUGGGCUCCAGUUCCUUUGAUUUUUGUGGGAAUCAUAUCUCUAGAUAGCCCAGGUGAAGGUGAUGUGGUGGGGAGCUUUCUGCAAUAAAAGGAAGAGGGAAAGGAGUCUAAAGAAUAAAAUGAGAUCUUGAUUUCCUGCAUUGGCUUGCGAAGCCUGAUAGCUAUUUUUAGUUAGGUAACCUGAGCUAGAGCAGAGGCCAGGAAAAGACAAGAAUAAUUUCUCACACUGUACAAAUGCCAAGGUGGAAGUAAGUUUUCCUUAAAUGAGAUCUCUAAAUUUAUAAGGCUGUGUGUUAACUAUUCAUUGCUAUGUAACAAAUCACCCCAAAACUUAAUGACUUAAAACAAUAAACAUUAUCUCAUAUUAUUCUGUGGGUCAGGAAUUUGGGAAGAGCUUAGCUGGGUGAUACUGGGUUAAGAUCUUUCAUGAGGUGUAGUCAAGAUGUCCACUGGAUCAUCUGUCAUCUAAAGGUUUGACUGGGAAUACAGGAUCCCAACCCCCAAGAUGGUUCACUCUGCUUCGUUGGUGCCUGUUAUUUACGGGGCCUGCGUUCCUCACCAUGUGGGCCACUCCACAGAGCUACUUGUUCUCCCGGAGCAAGUGAUGCCAGCAAGAGACAAGGUGGAAGCCACAAGGUCUUAUGACCCAGGCUUGGAAGUCACACAGUCAUUUCUACUGUUUCCUAAUAGAUGAACCCAACUCAAUGUGGAAGGGACUGCACAGGGUGAGGGUAAGUGCAGAUUGUUAGGGACCGUCCUGGAGACUGGCUACCACAGGCAGUUAGGGUGGAAUGAUCCUUGAAUGAGAAGUCAGGUGACCCAGGUUGCAGUUCCAGCUCUUUGGGCAAGUCAUUUACCCUCUCUGGGCUUCAGUUUCCCCUAUAUAAGCACUGUCCAAUAGGAAUA